UCAGAAUCUCGCGAAAAUUUCGCUCACAUUUGGAGUUCAUUUCGGACACUUGUUCGAAACUCGAAAGCCCCCCAACCCCGAACACAGACAGAGAGAAAGAGACAGUUUCCUGGCCAUGAGCAAAGAGCUCGUAAAACCCUCGGACGACACCCUUUGCUAAAACUGGAACAAAUGGCUCAGAAGCUUCAGCAGCAGCUCAAGGAGGUCGGAUCCAAGCUCGAGACCCCUCCCUCCACCAAAGACGCUCUCGUCAGGCUCCUGAAGCAAGCUGCAACAUGUCUCUCUGAGUUGGAUCAAUCACCAUCGGCUCCAGUCUUGGAGUCGAUGCAGCCUUUUCUUAAUGCAAUUGUAAAGCCAGAAUUGCUGAAGCAUCAAGAUAGGGAUGUCAAGCUUUUAGUUGCAACAUGUAUUUGUGAGAUAACCCGCAUUACUGCACCUGAAGCCCCUUACAAUGAUGAUGUUCUAAAGGAUAUAUUUCGCCUGAUUGUAGGCACUUUUAGUGGGUUAAGCGAUACCGGUGGUCCAUCAUUCGGUAGGAGAGUGGUUAUCUUGGAGACUAUGGCAAAAUAUAGGUCAUGUGUUGUAAUGUUGGAUCUCGAAUGCGAUGAUUUGGUGAAUGAGAUGUUCAGUACAUUUUUUGCCGUUGCCAGGGAUGAUCAUCCAGAAAGUGUUCUGUCAUCAAUGCAAACAAUCAUGGUUGUUCUCUUAGAAGAGAGUGAGGAUGUCGGGGAGGGUCUUUUAUUUGUUAUAUUGACUGUAUUGGGUCGUAACAAAAGUGAUGUUUUUAUGGCUGCGAGGAGGCUUGCAAUGAAUGUCAUAGAGAGCUGUGCUGUAAAACUUGAAGCUGGCAUAAAGCAAUUCCUUAUAUCAUCAAUUUCGGGAGAUAACCGGUCGGUGAACAGUCACAUUGACCACCAUGAAGUUAUUUAUGAUAUAUAUCGCUGUGCUCCACAGAUCUUAUUAGGAGUUGUACCUUACCUUACAGGAGAGCUACUGACUGAUCAGCUAGAUACUCGUAUAAAAGCAGUGAGUUUAGUUGGAGACCUCUUUUCUCUGCCAGGAGUUGCUAUCUCUGAAGCCUUUCAGCCAAUCUUUUCAGAGUUUUUGAAGAGGUUGGCUGACAGAGUUGUUGAGGUUCGAAUGUGUGUCCUCGAACAUGUCAAGAGCUGUCUGCUGUCUGAUCCAUUAAGAGCUGAAGUUCCACAAAUUAUUUCUGCACUUUGUGACCGGUUGUUGGACUUCGAUGAAAAUGUUCGUAAACAAGUUGUUGCUGUAAUCUGUGAUGUGGCAUGCCACGCACUAAAUGCUAUUCCACUUGAAACUGUGAAACUUGUUGCCGAGCGCCUUCGGGACAAAUCUCUGCUUGUUAAAAAGUAUACCAUGGAGAGGUUGGCUGAAAUAUUCAAGGUUUAUUGCAUGAAGUGUUCCGAUGGCUCAAUCAAUCCUGAUAAUUUUGAUUGGAUACCUGGCAAGAUUUUAAGGUGUUUUUAUGACAAAGAUUUUAGAUCAGAUACAAUUGAGUCCGUUCUGUGUGGGUCUCUGUUCCCAAUUGAGAUGUCCAUCAAAGAUAGAGUUCGACAUUGGGUAAGAGUCUUCUCGGGAUUUGAUAAAGUGGAAGUGAAGUCCCUCGAGAAAAUACUGGAGCAGAAGCAGAGGUUACAACAAGAGAUGCAGAGGUAUCUGUCUCUUAGGCAAAUGAAUCAGGGUGGUGAUGCUCCUGAGGUCCAAAAAAAAGUCCUUUAUUGCUUCCGAAUUAUGUCUCGCUCAUUUGCUGAUCCUGUAAAGGCUGAAGAGAAUUACCAGAUUCUUGAUCAGUUGAAAGAUGCUAAUAUAUGGAAGAUUUUGACAAAUCUUGUUGAUCCAAACACUAGCUUUCAACAAGCUUGUACUUUUCGGGAUGAUUUACUGAGGAUACUUGGCGAGAAACAUCGACUUUAUGAUUUUUUGAGUACUCUCUCUGUUAAGUGUUCUUAUAUGCUUUUCAACAAGGAGCAUGUGAAAGAAAUAACUCUGGAGGCUGGCACACAAAAGUCAGCUGGAAAUAUGCAAUAUACUCAAUCUUGUAUGAACAUACUAGGGAUUCUUGCAUGCUUUAGUCCAUUGUUACUUGGUGGGGCUGAAGGGGAAUUGGUGAACCUUCUUAAAGAUGAUGAUGAAAUUAUAAAAGAAGGUGUUUUGCAUGUUCUAGCUAAGGCUGGCGGUACCAUAAGAGAACAAUUGGCAAGUUCAUCGAGUUCCAUUGACCUUAUAUUGGAGAGAAUAUGUAUAGAAGGCAGUCGAAGACAGGCCAAGUAUGCUGUACAUGCGCUGGCAGCCAUAACAAAGGAUGAUGGACUCAAGUCACUUUCUGUAUUAUACAAGAGACUUGUGGAUAUGUUGGAGGAGAAGAGACAUUUGCCUGCUAUUCUACAAUCUCUAGGGUGUAUAGCAGAGACUGCAAUGCCAGUUUUUGAAACUAGAGAGAGUGAAAUUGAAGAUUUUAUAAUAAACAAAAUUUUGAAGUGCAGUAAUAAAGCAGAAGAUGAUGCAAAAGGAUCUUGGGAUGACAAAAGUGAACUUUGUUUAUUGAAGAUAUUUGGUAUCAAGACAAUGGUUAAGAGUUUUUUGCCUGUUAAAGAUGCCCAUCUUCGUCCUGGCAUUGAUGUUCUUCUGGAUAUUCUAAGAAACAUACUUUCUUUUGGAGAGAUAUCAGAAGACAUAGAAUCAAGUUUAGUUGAUAAGGCCCAUUUGAGGCUUGCUUCGGCAAAAGCGGUUCUUCAUUUGUCCAAGUACUGGGAUGAGAAGAUACCUGUUGAUAUCUUUCACUUGACCUUGUGGACAUCAGAGAUUAGGUUCCCUCAAGCUAAAAAACAAUUCCUGGGCAAGGUCUAUCAGUAUAUAAAGGAUCGGUAUUUGGAUGCAAAAUAUGCUUGUGCAUUCUUAUUUAACAUCAUCGGAUCCAAGCCACUAGAGUUUGAAGAGGAGAGACAGAAUCUUGCUGACAUUAUUCAAAUGUAUCACCAAACAAAGGCUCGACAAAUCUCUAUGCAAUGUGAUGGAAAUUCCUUGACAGCAUAUCCUGAAUUCAUCCUCCCAUACUUUGUUCAUGCUCUUGCUCAUCAUUCAUGUCCUAAUAUUGAAGAAUGCAAGGAUGUCAAAGCAUUUGAUCUUAUAUACAGGCAAUUGCACUUGAUUAUUUCCAUGCUGGUGCGUGGAGAUGAAGAAGCCAAGUCAGAAGCUGGUACCACCAAGGAGAAAGAGAGGGAAAUUAUUUCUGUUAUUUGCUCUAUCUUUCAAAGUAUCAAGUGCUCUGAGGAUAUAGUUGAUGCAGCAAAAUCAAAGAACUCACAUGCUAUUUGUGACCUUGGGUUGUCAAUCACCAAGCGCCUAGCCCCAAAGGAGGAUGACUCACAAUGGUCGACUGUGUUGGUCUCCCUUCCCUCUAUGCUUUACAAAUUGUUUGAAAAGAAUGAAGGAGAUGACUCUGUGGCCAGUGAUGGGCAAACCUGGUUGGCUGAUGAAAACGUCUUGACUCACUUUGAGUCACUUAAGUUAGAAAAUGAUGAAGAGGUGUUUUCUGAAGUAGCUCAGGAUGAAGAACUGAAACCUGGUGAAAUAGAUGGAAAUGAAAUGCCUCUGGGAAAAAUGCUAAAACGCUUGAAACCUCAAGGGACCAAGGCUAAAAAGGUGAAAAAGAACAAGUCUUUACCAGCUGAAGCAAAAACUGCUCAAAAUGAUGUUGAUAUCUUGGAAAUGGUGAGGGAAAUAAACUUAGGUAACUUGGGUGUGUCUAAUAAAUUUGAAUCAAGCAAUGGUCAUCAAUAUUUCCCGAGUAAGAAAACAAAAAUGGAUCUGAAGCAGGAGAAAGGUAAGAAAAGAAAAGCUAGUGAUGCAACAUCUGUUAUGGUACUGAAACGCCCGAGGUCAUCCUCAGCUCACACUGCUUUCAGAACACCAACAGGUAUUUCAAAAGCUCCUUUAAGAGCUUCAGAGGAUGCCACUAUUAAAGUAAGAAUUAUUCACUUAAUUCAAUCCAUUGAAACAGAUCCAGACAUCAGCUCUGAUUCAAAAGGAAAAAUGUCCACCCAGAAGAAAAUGAUUGAGGGUGCUGAGUCAGACUUGUCGGUACCUUCCCUUCGAAAGAACGAAAGCGUCCAUGCAAAACAUAAAGGAAAAUUCUCUGACCGUGGUCAUAAUGAUGAGGCAAAUGAAUUGGGAGAAGCAAAUGACAGUGACAUGGGGAAGCCUGAUGUGCUGACAGAGACUGAUCAAAUUGACAUAAGUAGUAAUGUUAAGUCUCCUAUCGGGUCUAGCAGGAAGCAGAAAAGGAAAAGCAUUGCAGGAUUUGCAAAGUGCACAUCGAAGGCUGGUGGACGAGAUAUCGAAGACUUGAUUGGUUGCAGAAUAAAAGUUUGGUGGCCCAUGGAUAAGCGGUUCUAUCAAGGCACGGUUAAGUCUUACGAUCCUCUAAAACGGAAGCAUGUGGUUUUGUACGAUGAUGGAGAUGUGGAAGUUCUCCGUAUAGAAAAGGAGCGCUGGGAGCUCAUUGACAAUGGUCGCAAGUCUUCAAAGCAUAAGCAGAAGUUAAAUUCAUCGAAUGGCCCUCUUUCAAAAGAAGUGUCACCUAGGAAGCAAAAUAAAAAUUCAGGUGGCUCACGUUUGAAUAAGGAAUCAAUUAAGAAUGUUAAAGGGAAAAGAACUCCAAAAAGAAAUUUGAAGCAUGUACUAAAGGGUGCAUCAAAAAGUGAGUUGGGUGAAGCUGAGGACAAAGGGGAUUCUGAUAUAUCAAAUCCUGAACCCGCCACAACGUCUAAAGCUAAUGAAAUGAACGCAGGUGAUUCAGAAGGCGAAAAAGCUGAAAGACUGGAUGAGAACCUAACAGACAAGGAGGAAUCUGAGACGGAGGGGAAGUCAUCAAAAACAAAACAAUUAGAAGACAUGGAGAAGAGCCUGCAUCAUCCAGAUGAAUCUGAUGGAGAAAAACCUGAUUUUGAAGGAAGAAGAGCUGAAGAUGUCAAGAGUGUCCCACAAGAUAGUGAAAAUGAUGAUGAGGAGAAAUCUCAUUCAGAAGAUAAAGAAGCAGAUGAAUCAAGCAGUGCCGUAAAAGAGGGAGCUAAUGAAGAGGACAAAUCAGAUUCAGAAGGAAGUCAAGAAACCAAUAGAAGUAGUCCCAUGAAGCAGGAGAAAUCUCGAGUAACGUCUGCAAAUCCUUCAGGUGCUCAUCAUGUUGAAGAUUCGGACGAUGAGCCUCUUAUGAGGUGGAAGCAUCGAGCAGGAAAAAAAGGCUCAAGACAGGUAGGGUAAACAGUUUGGCCAAAAUAGCUAGCAGUGACAUUCAUGACUUUGCCGAGUCCGGGAUCCAUUGCCUUCUGUUUAGAUUACAGGCUCAAUGGGUAAAGAAGAUUAAUGGCACUACAAUGGCGUAAAAAACAGAGUAAUAAAAAAAGAAAUAGUUGCCCGGCAGCCACGCUCAAAAUUCAAAACAGCCGUAGACAUUCCAUCGAUUAAGGUAAGCAGUUUUAGUUAGAAAGUGGGUGAUGAUUUCAACAAAUGACCGUGGUAGUAGUGUUAGAUGGGUAGGUUUUGGCAUGUAAUUUUAUGAGGUAUGGUACAUGUCUUUUGAUCGUUUAAUUGAUAAAUUUGAGGGGCCACAUGUACAGAUCAUACGUGGGCAUAGAUGUAUGUUAGUAUAUUAAACUUUUGAUUCCUGACAACUAUCAAAGUUACAUAAUCUUACUGCA